CAGUUUGAAAGGAUCUGCAGAGGGGAGGUGAAACCAAAACAAAUGAUAAUAAUGAGAGAUGUGUCCAUUGCAAAAUCAGAAUAUAUUCCAAGUGAAAGGAUGAUUUCAAAGAUCCAAGACUUCCAAGAAGACAAGGAACUCUUCAGAUACUGCACUCUCCCUGAGAUUCUGAAAUAUGUGGAGUGCUUCACUGGACCCAAUUAUAUGGCCAUGCAUACAAUGCUGAUAAACAAACCACCAGAUUCCGGCAAGAAGACAUCCCGCCAUCCCUUGCAUCAGGAUCUGCUCUACUUCCCCUUCAGGCCCAGCAAUAAAAUUGUCUGUGCUUGGACAGCCAUGGAGCACAUCGACAGGAACAAUGGCUGCCUGUGUGUGCUUCCAGGCACACACAAAGGCCCUCUGAAGCCACACGAUUAUCCCCAAUGGGAGGGGGGCGUGAACUUAAUGUUCUAUGGGAUCCAGGACUAUGAUGAAAAAACCCCCCGCGUGCACCUCGUGAUGGAGAAAGGAGACACCGUUUUCUUUCAUCCUUUGCUCAUCCACGGAUCAGGCUGGAACAGAACUCAAGGAUACCGCAAGGCAAUUUCCUGCCAUUUCGCCAGUGCUGACUGCCACUACAUCGAUGUGAAAGGCACCAGUCAAGAUGUCACUGAGAGGGAUAUUGUAGGGAUUGGACAUAAAUUAUAUGGAAUUCCGAAAGACACCAGCCUGAAGGAGGUGUCUAGAUAUCGAGCCCGGCUGGUGAAAGGAAGAAGGAUCAACCUUUGAAGUAGCUGCCUCCUGGAGCUCUUUGAGACAAAAACCAAAAGGAAUCAAGAUGCCUGUGGAACAUGUUUUAUUAAUGAGCUGUCCUAAUCUUUCCUGUCACUUGUUAUGAAGAUCACAACGCACUUACAGGGAACUUUAUGGGAUCUGGUUAGCUCUGGGUGAGGGGCUGUUGCUUUAAUGGAUGAACAGGUGUAACAGUGGCCUAUUACUAUUGUCAGGAAUACUACUUUGCACCUAAUAAAGGUCACUGAUGUCUAAUUUAA